AUGGCUCACGAUUUUGCGCCAUUAACCAACGAUCUGAUCCUAAGGACAGCAAGAGGUGAGGAUGUAGAACGGGCGCCAAUAUGGAUCAUGCGUCAAGCUGGUCGGUAUCUACCCGAAUACCACGAAGCCAAGGGUAAACGUGACUUCUUCGAAUGUUGUCGAGACCCCGAGGUCGCCUCAACCUUGACUCUACAGCCCAUUGAACGGUUCGCCGGCCUGCUAGAUGCCUCAAUCAUCUUCUCCGACAUCCUCGUCGUACCGCAGGCCCUAGGAAUGAUCGUCGAGAUGGUAGAUAAGAAGGGACCACACUUCCCGGAUCCGUUGAGGUCGCCUGACGAUGGUCAAUACUCCAAGGUCCUCAACAAGAAUGUAGAUGUCGCUGCCGAGCUGGAUUACGUAUAUAAGGCGAUAACAUUAACGAGGAAGAAGUUAAAAGGCCGUGUGCCGCUAAUUGGCUUCUGCGGUGCUCCCUGGACGCUCUUUUGCUACAUGGUUGAAGGAGGUGGUACGAAGCUAUUCAUCGAGAGCAAGAAGUGGAUCUACCGACACCCCGAGGAGUCAAAGGCCUUACUUCAGAAGAUAUCAGAGGUCUGUGUGGAAUACCUGGCGCUGCAGGUUAAAGCAGGCGCUCAAUUGAUCCAAGUCUUCGACUCGUGGGCAGGAGAGCUCUCGCCCUCGACAUUCAAGAAGUUCAGUGAACCCUAUCUAGCUUACAUCUCGGAGAAUUUACCGAAGAGGUUGGUGGAGCUGGGCUUAGAGAGUGUACCCAUGAUUGUUUUCCCCAAGGGAGCCAAUUUCGCACUGGACUCAGUUUGUAAUCUGGGCUACGACGUCGUAGGUUUGGAUUGGCAGAUCGACCCGGCUGAGGCCGUCAAGAUCCGAGGAAACAGACGGAUCGUCUUUCAGGGGAAUGCGGACCCGGGAGUGUUGUAUGGAACAAAAGCAUCCAUAUCUGAGACGGUAGAGGAGAUGGUUAAAGGUUUUGGGGGUGGUAAGAAGGGCUGGAUUGCCAAUCUUGGCCACGGCAUCACACCGUUGGUGAACCCGGAAGAUCUAAAGUUCUAUCUACAGGAAAUCCAGCGAUUGACUAGUAGGUAA